AGGAAAGUCAUUUUGAAUUCACAUUCACAUCUACUGCUUCUAAUUUAUCAAGAAUGGGACCCUCGGGACUCGUUAUAUCAAAGCUAGGAAUACAGGCUACAGCUUCAGACACUCAUGUUAGAGGACUUAUAUGUCUGAAGGUAUCGUUGCCUAAGGAAAGCCCUGGAAGGCCGGGAGCAAGAUGGGUGCUAUUCAACUCAACACCUCCAGCUCUCUUGUCCCAGCCGACCAUUCAUCCUCUACCACUUCCUCUUCCCUCUUCGCAGUCGCCACACCUUCGUAUUGCUUCAACAUUGCUUUCACUCCCACAUUCUACGUCUUACCCACCUGCACCUUCUCAGCCAUCUAUCCUUGGAGGCAAACCGUAUAUCGAUGUGUCAAGUACGACCGGGAAGGUUUUCGUAGUGGUAGACUCACUUGGGGGUAGCGGAAGAAGAGGAAGCUUCAAAGGCAAAACUGAUAGCAAUGGGAGUACAGAGCGGGAAAGAAAAGAUUGGUUGAUUACUAUGGAGUUUCAACAGGCCUUGGAAAGUAGCGUGGAAGAUGACAUUUACAAAGUACUCUUGCCUAUUCCAAGAUGUCUAGACAAUGUCAUCCGCUUUCAGAUUCUCUCCCCUUCCACCUCCACUUCAUCUAUGAACCAAGUCAGUGUUCUGACUGAACCAAAAAUGCUGCCCUUGCCAGCGUCUGCUUUUGAUUCUGAUCCAUCCCCAUAUGGACAUGACUUGAUCAACGGGAAUGGGAAGGGUGUGAUGAGAGAGGAAGGUUGGGAAGACGGGGAAGAUCUGGAAGAUGAGGAUUAUGAGAAUGAUGAUCAAGGGUCUAGCUGGUUGGAGGGAAGAUUCCAGAGCACGGAUAUUUUGAGACUGGAAUGGUCAUUCACAUCCACUAUGAUUGACUCCACCAUUCCAUCACUCUCAAUAUCGCCCAAAUGGGACAAAUAUCGACCUUCUAUGGAGCUCAAUUAUACUGCCGUUGCUCCUGGUUCAGAUACAGUUGUUUCCCUGAAAGUCGAUGUCCCCGAAGGAUGGGCGUGGGCUGAACUGAUUAUCGAAAGUGAGGGAUUGGCAUAUUGGAAAGGUGUAGAUGGAGAAUUUGAAGAUGAGGAAAGGGAAGAUCCUGACAGGACUGCAGAGUACCAGGAUGAUGAUUCCUUUGCUACCGUCCGUCCUGAGCAGUCAGGACACCUACACCGACGCAGUCGCUCACGGCAAUCUAUUCUUUCGUCCAAUGCCGCUGCAGGACCAUCGACAGCCACGUACCUCCCACGAACAUCUGGCUCUGGCUCGUCUAUUAGUCUCAUGCGGCAGACUUUACCCACGGCAGGCGAUGCUAUCGAUGAAUUCUCCUUUGAAAUGAGCAGUGAACAAAGUCCGGCUCCGAAGAGACCCAACACGCCUCUGGGGUCGAGAGUAUCGCUGUUACCUACCUCCAAACCAUCUACCCCUUCCAAACGAGUUAAGCAGUCGGUAUCCCUACCAGUGGCCAAGUCUGUCAAGCAGGGUAGAUUAUUCGAUUUGUACUUUUACGAACACAGCGACAGAGCCUUCUCGCUUCGCGGGAUGCUUGUACCAAUCUCCCACCUGGCCCUCGUUAGCCAACGCCUUCCUUGCCCAAUCCCUCUUGUCAAUCUUCCGCACAAUGGCUCAACACAAUGCAACAUCCAGUGCAAUAAUGCUCUCUACCAGGACCAAACUCUUCCCACGUCCGAACCUCAUUUGAUCAGCAUACCCUCUGCUAACGCCUUUUUCUGGUCCGAUGAUUCUGUAUCGAAUAGUAAGAGAGACAAAGAAAGCGGGAAGGUUAAGGGGGAUAUGAGAAUCAGGCUACGCAGAGAUAUCUGGGGGGUCGUCUCUAUGUCUAUGCUCUUCGCCUUCCCUAGUCGAGGUGACGAAGUUGGGUUUAUCCUCCAUCCUUCAACUCCAAAUAGCAAUGCCCACGACAAUGACAUCAAAGGAAGGACAGUGAGGGUAACUCGAGCAAGCAUGAACGGCCAGCCCAUUCCAAGGUGUUUACAUAGAUGGCAAGACGGCAAAACGGAGGUGAGGAUCGGGAAGAAGGAAGGGAGGGAGGAUUCAGGGUUGGUAGAGAUUAUUUUGGAAAUUGUCGGGCAAGAGUUUUCAUUGCCGACUUUUGAGGAUGCGGAAGGGAUGGGGAUUGUGGAGCUUUGCGGGGAGGGUUGGGAAGUGGUGAAACCCAUCAUGCAGACAACGCUUACACCAUCACCAAACGACACGUACUCUUAUCCCCUUUCAACCCCGUGCUCAAUAUCUUUCCAGCCACCUUCUGCCCCACAAAUCUCUACGACCUCGCGUGCUCGAACACUCUUCUCCUUCUCAACCUUUUUUAACCUCUUCAUGCUCUGGCUCUUAUUAUCAAUGGGCUCACAAAUCCAGAGAUUGAGAAAUGAAGUUUCUUAUGUCGCAGGGGAAGCGAGAGAUCUGAGGAUGUAUGGCUACAAUCCAUCAUCAGGUGGGACGGGCGAGGAUAGGGGGGAUGAGUGCUUGGAUAGGACACUGAGAGAUGGUGGGGUAAAGGGAGUGAAAGACGAGAGUACUGUUACCUUAGGUUUGACACAUCAGAUUCCCCUUGAUGAGUCUCCCUCACUUUCCUCUUCUGACAAACUUGUGUCAGAGGCAUCUCCACAACCUCCGUCACCGCAUCCCACGGCGCCCAACGCACUCGCGCCUCGCCAACAGCGCCAUUUAUGGGCUGGAUGGGAUAGGUUAGUGAUGCAUCCGACUGUGAAGAGUUUGACGAAGGGUGUGGCUUGGCUAUGGCAUGCGGUGGUAUGGCUAGUUGUACCCCCUAUCUAAAAUGUGUAUCAUUAUAUGUCUUGUGGUGGGGGCGUGAUAACAUGUAUCACUUUAUAAGCCAUGGAAAUUGCAUGUUACAUAGGUGCCAUGGGAAUAAGGCCCAUCAUUCGCAGGACCUAAAUAGCAUUGCAAGAAGCAGAGAAGAAACCAACUGAUGGUUUUCGAAAUCCGCUUUCCAUCUCAUAGAUAUGCAUCAAGAUCUA